GCAAAACCGCUUUCUUUGAGUCAUGUUACGAAGGACGGAGUCGCCUUGUAGAAACAGAGAUACGGCAGAUCUGCUAGGAAGUGAAGUUGAGGUCAGUUUGUCACGCAUAUGCGCACUUUACGGUGUCCAGGCCAGUGUCCCAACUCUACUUAUUUAAAAAAGGGGGAUAAGAAAAUCACCGUGAGUAACUGAUAUGAUGGAAAAGGAGCCGCUACUUACCGAGAGCAUCAACCAGAGAGCCGCUAGUUACGGCUCUGCCCCGGGAGCCGUUACACUCAGCGGGUCAUCUAAGCCAGGCGAGGACUCCUACCAAGUGGAGGGGGAUGAAGACGACAUCUAUAUCCGGCGCGCUGUUGUCUUUAUCGAAGAUGCAAUACAUUAUCGUUCAAUCAAUCAUCGCGUGGACUCGAAAUCACUACGUGUUUACAGAUGGUAUUAUUCCUGGAUCUGGCAAUGGGGAAUGAUUUUGGCCAUCGCCGUCAUCCUCGGCUUGGCGUUUGUAGAGAGGCCCUCGUCCCUGUCCCUUUCUUCUGAUCCACGCUACAGACAGGCUGCAUGGGAACCCCCCUGUGGCCUGACUGAGGGCAUCGAGACGGCCUUCCUCAUCAUCUUUGCCUUUGAUGUAACAGUGAAGAGUUAUCUGAUUGGCUGGACGGAGUUCAAGAAGAAUAAGUGGCUCAUUAGUUAUACGGUGGUUAUCGCGGGGUCCUUAAUGGACUUGAUCGUAUCACUCAGUAUGGUUUGUGGUGAGAACAUAAGAGUCAGACGAUUAUUUCGUCCAUUCUUUCUCCUUCAAAAUUCAUCACUAAUGAAGAAGACAUUAAAAAGCCUCAAGAAAACUCUGCCAGAAAUUGCAAGUGUGGUCCUACUUCUGGCUCUCCACUUGUGUCUCUUCACCAUGUUUGGCAUGCUGCUGUUUGCCAAGAGAGAGAAAUCAGAGGAGAACGCAGAAUGGGAAACUUACUUCAGAAAUUUACCUCUGUCCCUGUCGUCCUUGCUUGUGCUCCUCACCACCGCGAAUAACCCAGAUGUGAUGACCCCGGCAUACUCUUUAAACCGACUGUAUGCCAUCUUCUUCAUCGCCUUUAGUGUGAUUGGAACCUACUUGAUAAUGAACCUCUUAACAGCCAUUAUCUACAACCAGUUCAGGGGAUAUCUACUUGUGUCCAUGCAAGAGUCAGUGCUGAGGAGGCGCCUUGGCAUCCGGGCGGCCUUCGAGGUCCUGUGCUGCAGGGGCCAGGCUGAGGACCAGGGCCUGGAAAAGGCGUGUGAAAAUGAGCAAGCCGGAGGUGUACAGGUAAAGACCAUAGAGCAGGUGCUGCAGCAGGUGCAGGCAGAGUCUUACUACAAGCACGCCAUCAUGACGGAGGUUCAGCAGCUGACAGAGCGCCGCAUCCAGAGCCAGACCUUUCAGAACCUCUUUGAUGUUUUGGAGAGGGACAGGAUAAAAGAGCCGCCCCCGAUGCCAGAGUACAGACUCCGCUGCAUGCAGACGCUGCAGUUUUUGUUUAGUCACUAUUACAUGACCUUGCUUGGCAACAUUAUGGCUCUGGCCAACGUCGUCUGCAUCUUUACUGUUCUGGUGGUUGACUCAGAAAAGUCCAUCUCAGACUGGAGUGAAUACUAUCUGGAGGUCAUCAAUUUGUCCUUUGUGAUAUUCUACCUGUUGGAGAUGGUCCUGAAGAUAGUUGCCUUUGGAUUGAGGGGCUAUUUGUUUUACAGAAGUAACAUAUUGGAUGGGUUGCUGACACUUUCACUCGUGGCUCUCCAGAUGUUCAUAUUAGUUAAGUAUGGAUUUUCAUGCCCGAAGUGGGACCUGCCUCAACCAGGUUUGGCGUCCCUGUGGGAGAUCGUGCGUAUGGUGAACAUGCUCAUCGUCUUCCGCUGCCUCCGGAUCAUUCCCAAAAUCAAGGUAAUGGCUGUUGUGGCCAGUACCUUGGUGGAUCUGGUGAGAAACCUUAGGGCCUUUGCUGGAAUCUUACUGGCCGUGUAUUAUGUGUAUGCUGUUCUUGGUAUUUGGCUGUUCCAUGAGGCAAUAACAGCACCAGCAAAUGUGAGCUCGUCAUCUAACUCCAGCGCGGAAUGCGGGUCAUACGAGCAGCUGGGCUACUGGCCGAACAACUUUGACGACUUUGCGUCUGCCCUUGUCCUUCUCUACAACGUCAUGGUGGUGAACAACUGGCACGUCUUCUUGGAAGCCUACACCAAACACACCACAGAAUGGUCAAAGGUCUACUUCAUUGCUUGGUGGCUGACUUCCUCUGUCAUGUGGGUGAAUCUGUUUGUAGCCCUGAUUCUGGAGAACUUUACUUACAAGUGGGAUCGGAGUCAAGACUGUUUGGACGUGGAGAGGAUCAAGUACGAGAGCUCGGUUCAGCUCAUGUUCCGAGACUUACAAGAACCUACAGAGGAGGAACUUGCGGCCAGGCUGCUCCAGCACCCACACCUACAUCUCAUCCAGUGACAGCAGUUGGCCGCGAUCUCACAAGCUUGCUUCCUUCGCUUCCACUGGGCGUUCCUCUUGGCCUGUCACUUUCUCAGACGGGUCGGACUUGUUCCAUGGAACACAGGCGUCGUGCUGAUCCAUAGAAUAACGGUUGCCUCCCUCCCUAUUAGCAGAAGCUUGUGUCAGCACUAUGGCAGCCAAGACAGUUGAUGUUUAAGGACUCAUGUCUUCACAUAUGUAACCUUCCUCUUAGUAGUAUCUGUUCUGGCCUCAAAAAACCUCCUGAGCUGUUCAGAUUAUUUUACGCUUUCACUGUUUCCAAACAAACAUUGCAAACCAAAACACAUAACAGUCAGUCUGUGGUCCUCCAAAACAUUUGUUGGCUGAGCUUUAAACAAGUUAAGAUCUGUUAUUUUAUUUUUUUAUUAUUAUUAUUUUAUCGUUGUGCACGAACAAUUGUUUUUGUGCAGUGUGUUUAAACUUCAUUACAUAUUCUGAUAAAACAGGCAAAGUUGUUCAUAUCAUGUGUGCCUCUUAAUGUUUAUACAACAAGCAAGUGAUUAAGUUCGAGGUUGUGUGACAGGUUAUUUGGUUUACAUUGUUGUUCAUUGCGUUUUAGUUUAUUGCUACUAUUGUUUGUUCUCAUAUUAAAGAGUGGAAGUGAAUGA